AACGCCACAGUAAACUAUACUAGACAGUAUUUAAGCUGUUCAAAGACAGCUUGACUUCAGAAUUUGCACCGAGCCAUUAAACAUGGAGUUGAACCUCACAAGUGCUGCCAACGAAAGCUUGCUUUUUUCGAAUACAAGUAGCUCAUCUCCGCUCUGUUUUGUCAACGAACGUCUUGUGAAACGGAUACCUCGAGUGUUGGCAUAUCUUAUUAUUAUAAUAGUUUCUCUCUUGGGGAACACAAUGACAGUAAUGGUUGUAAAAAAAGGACCAACAAGAAGAAAUUGUGCACACGUCUUCCUUGCAAACAUGUCCUUGGCAGAUCUUGUAAUCACAGUGGUWUAUAUGCCUAGGAUGGUAAUACGGAUGUUUUACGGAUCAAGAUGGCUACUAGACGGCAUGGCGGGGCUUGUGUCGUGUCGAGGUGUGUUGUUUCUUCAUCACACAGCUAUUUUAGUAGCGGUUUUUUCCAUUUUUCUCAUCACGUUGGAUCGUUUCUGCGCCAUGAUGUUCCCUUUAAAGAGAAUCAUGACCAAGCGCUCCGCUUUGGGCGCGAUUUGUUUAUCUUGGAUUCUCGCUGGAGUCUUACGCUUGCCAUUUCUAAUGAGCUCAGAAGUCAUCCCUUCAAAAAAUUAUAAACUUGUUUGCUCACCGCGGUUUAGCCAGUUCUUUGGUGAGAUUGURUCUGUUUACAGAAACGGGCUGGGAGGAGUGUUCUGGUUCUUCUUAGCCUUAACAAUUGUAUUGUACAUUGUUAUCAUAAGCCAUCUCUUCUUGAAAAAAUCUCCUGGAAAUACUAAAGGAGCUACGAACAUUCGACAAAGAGCAGGGCGGAAACUAUURAAAAUGCUGCUUUGCAUCACUAGUUCYUAUCUCGUUUGUUGGUUCCUAUACUUUCUCGGAAUUCCGUUGUUUGGAACUAACGACUUACCUUGUGAGGUGAUCUUUAUUCGAUUCUUUCUUGCUCAUCUUAACUGCGCCUUAAAUCCGUGUUUAUUGGCUUGCUUUGAUUUGACAUAUCGCAAAGGUUACAGGAAUAUCUUAAAAGGGCUAUGUUGCUCGUUCCAAACGCACCUCGAAAGCUCGUUAGAUGUUUCUGUGAUUGCKGARAGAAGGGAAGAUCCGAAUGGAUGUCCAAAUGGAUACACUAACGACUCGAUUGCAUAAAUCGAACCACUUGAUACUUUUAUUGAAAGCAUAAAAUAAUAAAAGUAAAUAGUACUCUUCUGAGACAGUAUAGCAGCUGGAAAAUUGACAUUAUCUAUAACAUAUGAAUUGUGAAUWGCAACGAACUGCCAUUUAGGAUAUWCAUUUUGUCUSUAAUCUCGAAAAAGCGAGUUUGAAYGUACGAAAUAAUCGCAGUUCUCUACUGCAAUAAACUGUAAUCUCCAAAUUACAAUGAAAUAUGAAAAAAAUUGGAGAGUAUGUAGUUUAAUUAAAAUUGAAACGGACAGUAAUUUCAAAAUUACGUUGAAACUCUUUACAGAAAUAUAAGAAUUGAGUUUAUACAUAGCUAGCACAGUAUAUACUGUGYACAGAACUAAAAUAGUAAUUCAAACAGCAGAAAAUGCGAAUCUUUCUUUUCCAAACAAGUGAUCUUUCCUCACASWCUGGCUAUAUUAAGAAGAAUUAGUUUUCACAAACCACUUAACCAUUCAUUAUUUUUAAAAACGUACUGUAAGCACCUCAAUAAUAUGGUGUGGAAAUUGUGCAAUAAUCACUAGCUGCGCUGAAGACUGUUGUUAUUGUGAAACUAGCUGUGCUAGCUAUGGUCAUUAUCGGUCAGUUAUGGUUACUAAAACGGACCUUGAACCUWUUCRUACAGGGACAUCGCGCUUGUAAUACGUUCUCAGCAUGUUAUAAGCACUUUCUCGCUUAUACAAAACCWCUCUAUGGUCGAAUAUUGUAAAUGAAUCGACUGAAUUGUUUGAACAGUAUAAUCCCUUGAGAAUAAGUUGUUACCAAUAGGAGUACUUAGGUGGACAGAAAAAAAAAAAA